CUCCCUCGGCGGCGUGUUUGGGAGGGAAGGAGGGGGUGGAAGCCGGGCCGGGGCGGCCAGCAGGCAAUUUGCAUGAGAGACAGACUGGGAAUGAGCUGGAGUGGGCGCCUCUCCGCGCACACAGAGCGGGGCAGGAGGGGGAGGAGGAGGGAGCUGCCGCCGCCGCCGCCGCCGCCGCCGGGGAGAGGCGGCGAACUCCGGGCAAAGUUUGGAGCCGCGGGCCCGCGGCGCUGAGGCAGCGGCGGGCGGGGAGCGGCCGGGCCGGGCCGGGCCGGGCCGCGCGGUGUGAGGGCGGCGGGGCGAGAGCGGCGGGCAGAGCGCGGAGCCGGCGGCGGGCGCUGCCGGCACAGCCAGCAUGUCCUCCAUCCUGCCCUUCACUCCUCCCAUCGUCAAACGGCUCCUGGGCUGGAAGAAAGGCGAGCAGAACGGGCAGGAGGAGAAAUGGUGCGAGAAGGCGGUGAAGAGCCUGGUGAAGAAGCUGAAGAAGACGGGGCAGCUGGACGAGCUGGAGAAGGCGAUCACCACGCAGAACAUCAACACCAAGUGCAUCACCAUCCCCAGGUCCCUGGAUGGGCGGCUGCAGGUGUCCCACAGGAAGGGCCUCCCCCACGUCAUCUACUGCCGCCUGUGGCGCUGGCCCGACCUGCACAGCCACCACGAGCUGCGCGCCAUGGAGAUGUGCGAGUUCGCCUUCAACAUGAAGAAGGACGAGGUCUGCGUCAACCCCUACCACUACCAGAGAGUGGAGACCCCAGUGCUGCCCCCGGUGCUGGUGCCUCGGCACACGGAGAUUCCGGCCGAGUUCCCGCCCCUGGAUGACUACAGCCACUCCAUCCCAGAGAACACUAACUUCCCUGCAGGUAUCGAGCCCCAGAGCAACUACAUUCCAGAGACCCCUCCUCCAGGCUAUCUGAGUGAGGAUGGAGAAACCAGUGACCACCAGAUGAACCCCAGCAUGGAUGCAGGUUCUCCAAACUUAUCACCAAACCCCAUGUCUCCAGCACACAACAACCUGGACCUGCAGCCCGUGACCUACUGCGAGCCGGCCUUCUGGUGCUCCAUAUCCUACUACGAGCUCAACCAGAGGGUGGGGGAGACCUUCCACGCCUCGCAGCCCUCCAUGACCGUGGAUGGCUUCACCGACCCCUCCAACUCGGAGCGCUUCUGCCUGGGUCUGCUCUCCAACGUCAACCGCAACGCGGCCGUGGAGCUCACCCGGCGGCACAUCGGCCGCGGCGUGAGGCUGUACUACAUCGGCGGGGAGGUGUUCGCCGAGUGCCUCAGCGACAGCGCCAUCUUCGUGCAGUCCCCGAACUGCAACCAGCGCUACGGCUGGCACCCGGCCACGGUCUGCAAGAUCCCCCCAGGCUGUAACCUGAAGAUCUUUAACAACCAGGAGUUCGCGGCGCUGCUGGCGCAGUCGGUGAACCAGGGCUUCGAGGCCGUGUACCAGCUGACCCGCAUGUGCACCAUCCGCAUGAGCUUCGUCAAGGGCUGGGGCGCCGAGUACAGGAGGCAGACUGUGACCAGCACUCCCUGCUGGAUCGAGCUGCACCUCAACGGGCCCCUGCAGUGGCUGGACAAGGUCCUGACACAGAUGGGCUCCCCCAGCAUCCGCUGCUCCAGCGUCUCCUAAGGAAACCCCUCCUGGGGCCACGGGGAACAGAGACUGCAACACUUAGCAGAGGCAUAGUAAACAACUCCCCAGUUACUCAAGCGAUGAGAAAAAAAUCUGCUUCAAAACCAAAAGAGAAGCGGGUUUUCUUUGUUUUGUUGUUGUUUUUAAGUACCCAUUUAAGCCACUUCCACUGAAACUGUUGGCACUUUGGUCGGGAUGCUCUGGGGCCGCUGCAGUUGGAAUCUGGAGCUGGAGUUGGUGAGGAUAAAGAGCUGGAUGUUGUUUCAGUGGAGAGCAGGCACUGCUCACCUGCCUCCAGGCUGUGUGUGGCACAGGAGCCAUCCCAGCUCCCAGGAAACUUUCCCUUCCCUCACACAACUCCAGGCUCUGCAGCAUCCCGGGAACACCAGAGCCUGUGGGGCUCCAGGAUGGGAACACCAGACCCCGUGGGACUCUGGGAUGGCUCCUGCUCCUGCAUUCCUUCACCACCCCCCUGAUCCACACGGUACUGCAGCAGCAGGGGGAAGGAGGCAUUUCAGGCACCCUGAAGAACGAAUUCCUGCGGGAAUGUUCUGAAAAGGAAGGAAUUCCCCACACUGGACUUGCAGCAAGGAGGCAGAGCCUGCCUGGUGGCUGAGGGAUGAUGCCCUCAUGGAUCAGCCUGGAUCCACAUGGAGCAAAAGCCCAGUUUGAGGCUCUUUGUGGUGUUGCUGCAGCGAUUUUUGACUGGAGCUGCUCCCAGAGGGAGAAUUGUCCCGUGGGGAGCCCUGGCUGGAGCAGCUCAGGCUCAGUGCUCUGCAGUCAGCCUGCAUUAAGCACAGCAGCUCUGGGCUGUGUUCUCCCAGUCUCUGCCUCUCCAAAGCCCCAGGGCUGCGUGUCCAGGUGGGGCAGGGAUGGAUGUCCAGGCCUGGCUGGAGCUCCCUGCAGGGGGAUCCCGUGCUGUCACAUGCAGCAGCCAGGACAUCUCAGACACAACCAGCCCUCUGUGUGAAACUGUUCCAGCUGAUGAAAAUGCUCUAAGAUGUGUUUUUGCCUGGAGAAAUCAGGAGAGUGUGUAUUUACUUGUAUUAUAAAAUGUUCAUUUUAAACAUACAUGCUCCAGACUGUUUAAUAUUUUUUAUCCCUGCAGCAACUGUCAUGGCAAACAAUUUCCACAACUGGAAAAAAACCCUUAGCACUUGUUUUUAUGAUUCACAUUUGCCAAAUAAGUCUCAUAACUUUGUCAGUACUGUCCAAUUAUCUGUUUCUUUAUAUCUGCAGUGAAUAUCUUAUGCAUUUGUGCCAAAAUAUUAGAGGGGGAGGGGAGAAAGUGAUAAUCAGUUUCCUAUGGAAAUCUUUUUUCUUGUUUUUUAUCUAUGAAAGACAAACAAGCUGGAUGUGGCUGUGGGAAGGACUCACUGGGAUGGGCUUGAGGAUGGUUUUGAUAAAGCUUUAGUCCUGCAAACUUCUGUGGGAGUGCCCUGACCCACGGGGGGAGCUGACUGGAUCAAACACCCACCAGGAAUCUCCAUGCUCCCCCUUUGCCAACGGCUCCUUCCUCCCAGACCUCUGCAGCCUCUCCUGCUUUGCCAAGCCCACCACUCCUGGAGCUGAGGGGCCCCAGUGCCACCAGAACAGAUCCCAGAGGCCACUGCUGCUGCUGCAAUGCAGAUGAAGGGAUGGUUUGGGGAGCUCCCUUCCAGAAACGAGGAAUUGCCUUCUUUAAACAUCUGAAAUGUGAGGAGGACUCUGGUGGUGGAUGUGCUGACACAGGACUUUGGGAUGUCCUCUGGCUGAGCCUGGACUGGAGCUGUUGUGUGCAGCACAAGCAGCACUGGAGGCUUGCAGGGUGUGUGAUUUGUUAAAUUUUACAUUGUGUAUGCUCUGAGUGACACCUCUGCCUGCACGGACUGGGGCAAGAAGAGAUCUGUAUAAAACAGGAUUUUUUGGGCCUUUUACAAAGCAGGUCUGUUGUCACCAUGGAUUGGUUCAGCAUUGGUUCAGAUACAGGUUUCUAACAUAGGUGCAAAGAAAAAUUUAUCCUGAAUUUUGUAGAAAUGUUUGACUUUUGGCUGUUUAAAUGAGAGGGGAAAAAAUGUGCUCUGUAAAAUGGCCCUGGGUUUCCUCCAUGAGUGGCUUAUUGGCUUAUUCUGGUGACAAAUGUUGUGUUGCUGUUGUCCUCAUCAUCACAGAGGAAAUUGGACUCUGUGCCUCCUGCAUUAACCACAGAAAUGCCUCUGAAAUCCCAGAGGCAGGGAUUGCAGGUGGUGGUGUGAGCAGGAGCCCAGCCUGAUCCAGAGGCCACCAGUGGGAAUAAAUCCCAAUUUUAAUAUGAAAUUUGCACACGGAGUCAUCUCCUCAGCCAACCUGGAUUUCCGCUGGGAACCCCAGCUACAGCCCCUUGCUAAAGGAUAAUUAAUUGCUGACCAUUAUUAAUUGAGGCCUUUUGAAACCCAGGAUUCAGAUGAUGCAUAAAACUUUGGUUAAUCUCCCUCAUCAUCCCUUAAGUGAAAUGCCUUGCAGUGGAAAAUGUGAGCUGGCCCAGCGGUGCAGUGAGAUAAAGGGGAGAUUAUCUCCACUCCAGCAUUAAUUUCCUCUGUCCCCUUUGUUUGCUGCUCCCUGAUUCAGGAAAGCUCUGGGGGUUCUGGAGUCACCUUGGGGAGCCCAGCAGAGCCUGGCCCUGCACAGGGGUGGGGCUGAGCCCAGGGAUGUUCUGCCCAGCUGCCCUGGAUGCUCCCCGUUGCAGAUGAGGUGAAUUCCAGUUCCUGCGGCCAGGGAGCAGGGAUUGGGCUGGCAUUGCUGGAGGCAGCAGGGCCCUCAGGGCACGGGAGGCUUGGUUUGAGUUCUAGAACUUGAUUAAAGCAGCCUUGGUGUGGAGCUCAAAGGGAUGGGAGCAGCCUGGCCUGGCUCAGAUUGCAGCUCCAGGCUGGAAUAUCCUCUCAUUCCGUGGCAGGCUGGGCUCGUUUCUCCAGGAUCUCACCCGGUUUUGUUCCUCCAGAGUCAGUAGCAGGACCUUUGACCCUUCCCUUGGUGUGGCUGCACAGCAGGGCCUGGCUGCUGGCAGAGCUUUCCCUGUGCUUUCCCAGGCUCUGUUUAUUGUUAAUGUUCUGAAUUGCAGGUUGUAUUUUGUGCUAAGCUUGUUUUAGGAGUAAUCCAGUGCUGUCCAUUUGACUUAAUCUCCAGCAGUCAGCGUGCAUAUGCACAAAGAUGGAGAAAUCCCCUCGGAAGGCAUUUCCCUGGAGCUCUGGCUGCCCUGUGUGCCAGGAAAAGGCCAAGGGAGCCCCUGAGUUGCUCACAGUUUCCUCCCCCUUGCAUCAGGAUCCUCUGCAGGGUGAAGGAUGUUCAGGACCCAUCCCGAGCAGCCAGUGGUGGCACUGUGCCUUGAGCUGCUUCCAGACUGGAAAAGCAGGAAGAACCCGGCCCAGGGAAGGACCAGCCACAUCCACAGCAUCCAGAGCUCUCCUGGUUCUCUGAGGGGCAGGAGGAUGGAAUUUCAUGGCUGUGCUAAGCUGGGAUGAGAACCAGACCUUCUCUAGUGGUGGCCUGAGCAGUGUGCUUGAGAAGUUCAGUGUUUUUUACUAUGUACCUGCUUUUGUAUUUAUGUGUCUUUCUCGAAUAUUCAGAUGAAUCCAAUAUUUAAUUUUUAGCAGAAGGGGCAAUUAAGGACUCAGAGAAUUAAAUCUUCCAUCUGCUCCUUGCUGAUGAUUGCUGGAAAUGAGGAGUUUGUGAUGUGAGAAGAGCUGAGCAUGAGGUCCCCGAGCCCUCGGGAGCCACGGUGCUGCUGCUGCACCAAGUCAGGGCCCCAGCCGGGCCCUUGGUGCUGCUCGGGGCUUGAGGGGGCUUUAAAAACCAAAACCUGUUCCUGCAGAGCUGCCUGGGUCACCCUCUGCCCCUCCAGAGCUGGCAGCUCCUCUGCUCCCAGAGGCCAGCCGGGUUCCCGGUGCUGAGCUGGGACACCCAGCCCUGUCCCUGUCCCCUGGGGAGCUGUGAGCUGCUGCCCUCCCUGCAGCAUCCCUGCCUUUGUACCCGAGGCCUGUCCCAUGUACACCCUCCCUUUCCAUGUGGAACUGUAAGGUCUGUUUUUGACAUUUUAAUAAACUUUGAUUUGAAAACUCAG